AAGAAAAAAAAGAAAAAGCCGAGGUAGGCUGGUGAGGGAUGAGGACGACCCACUGCUGCUCUCCUCUCUCCCGUCCAGACACACACCACUUACCGGCCAGCGAGUGAGCGACGUCCGUUUGUUUUGGACAACAUGUCAACCACGACCGGCGGCGGGGAGUUCGGCAACCCUCUACGGAAGUUUAAGCUCGUCUUCCUGGGCGAGCAGAGCGUUGGGAAGACCUCGCUCAUCACCAGGUUCAUGUAUGACAGCUUUGACAACACUUACCAGGCAACAAUUGGUAUCGACUUCUUGUCAAAAACUAUGUACCUAGAAGAUCGCACGGUCCGACUGCAGCUUUGGGACACUGCUGGACAGGAGCGCUUUCGUAGCCUAAUCCCCAGCUACAUCCGCGACUCUACCAUUGCUGUGGUUGUGUAUGACAUCACCAAUCUAAACUCCUUCCAACAAACAUCAAAGUGGAUCGAUGACGUGCGAACGGAGCGAGGAAGCGACGUCAUUAUCAUGCUAGUUGGAAACAAAACGGACCUGGCGGAUAAAAGACAGAUCACCACGGAGGAGGGCGAGCAGAGAGCUAAGGAACUGAAUGUCAUGUUCAUUGAAACCAGCGCAAAGACUGGCUACAAUGUCAAACAGCUGUUCCGUCGUGUUGCGGCCGCAUUGCCAGGAAUGGACAGCACAGCGGAGAAGAGCAAAGAAGACAUGAUCGACAUCAAGCUGGAGAAGCAGCCAGAGAUGACGGUGACGGAGAGCAGCUGCUCCUGCUAGUACAAGACCACUCCCACUGCCUCACCCUCCGCUCACCAACAGCUGGUCUUCGGGUGGCCACUCCCCCCCACAGAGGACCCGCUUUCAUUCUUCUCAACUCAGCGACUUUUCACAGUCACGGCGUGGACGUGCACCCCAACAACCUUGCAAAUGGAAGGUUCUCUUUUCAUCCACUUGCAUGGCAUUCUAUAGAAGCGCAGACUGACAUUAAGCUAACUCAGAGUCUCCGUGCUGUUACUCGUCAUCGUUGUAAAGUGUUUGGUUCUCUAUUUUAUUUUUUGUUGUGUAUAUAUAGAGAGAGUUUGCCUGACGUUCUGAGAUAGCUGCUUGUUUCUCAACUUGUAUUUUAAGGAAGUGGAGACAGGAUCUUACUAAUCAUGGCACUUCGUCUCACUCCAUCUUUGUUAACUCGGCUGAAGGCAUCAAGUGUAUACUAUUUGAGACGACCUUCCGUGACACCCUCGGCCAAGACCUAGCAUCAAUGCCAGUAAGCACCACACACACACGCUCACACGGACGCCAGGAAGGGUUUGCAUUCACUAGAUUAGACAAAGAAGCACUGGUGUUGACUUGACACUUAUCGCAUAGCACGCUUGCCAUGCAGGAUGCCUUCGCUUGUUGUGUUCACCCACGUCGUGCACUGAAUCCAGCCACCAUUAUUGUAAAAUAGAGGCAAAAAAGGGAAGCCGGCUGACAGGUCCGUGGCUUUCCACGAUUCGUUUUGUAGACGACAAAACGCUUACUAACACUCGCUGUAAAAAUAAAAAUCUGCAUUAAAAAGCAGCUUGUCGCGGUGUCCCUCGCUGUAAUGCUAUAAUUGCUUGUUUUUAUGUGAUUAUUUAUUCAGUAACUCCAACACACACCUAUUUGUUGGCUUUUGACCAAAAGUACAGACGCUGAAAAAAUAAUUUAUUUGUGUCUGCUGGGAAUCUCUCUCUCGCUUUUACAGAGGCAUCUGUCGUCAUAGCAACACUGUUUACAGUCAAGUUGGUUAAGGACCACAAAACUAUUCUUUAGCCAUGGCAUAACUUUGAACACAUGGCUGGUUUUAAAAUAGGUUUAAGUUUUUGAGCGGAUGGAUUUAGAUCUGACUUUCCGCCACGUAACACCCAAGCUUUGUGCUCUUCUCAAUCGUGUCUUGUCACUUGAAGUACGCGCUCCACUCGUGUUUGUGUCAAUACUAUUUACUCUCCCCUGUGUACAAAAGAGUGGAUGACACACAAGUGUAGGCCUAUCACAUGGAGGAAAAUAAACUUAUUUCACCAAAGAA